AUCAAAACAUACGCGUGUUAUUGAUUAAAGAGAUCUGUCUCUCAGUUUACAUAGUUUACUGUGGCGACGAGGUGAAAAUAUAUUAAAAAAAAAAAUUUAAGUGAAAGUGAUUGCAAAAAAAAAAGAAUUUAAAAGUGUUUUUCGCUGCUGACAGCGGGCGGCUGAAAGGAGUGAACAGCAAGGGAGCAAGUGAUUUGCUGUGGAAUAAGUGCCGGUAAAAAUAGGUGUGAUAUUGCACACGGCAAAGGAAAGAUUUCGGUGCCGGAGCCGUCGGCCAUGGAGUCCGCAACGGAUUUUAUCGCUCAGUUUGGUGAUAUGGAUGGCACUAGCGAGGGCGGUGCUCAACCGAAGGAGGAACUCGGCGACAUGACGUUCUAUAUGUCGAACUACGCGAAAGAAGUGCUCAAGAUGAUGUUCAUGAUGCGCUCCCAUCACAUGCUGACCGACGUGACACUUGAGGUAGAGAAGGAAACAUUCCAGGCGCACAAGGUCGUACUGUCGUCGGCCAGUCCCUACUUCAAGGCCAUGUUUACCGGAGGACUGAAGGAGUGCGAAAUGUCUCGGGUCAGACUGCAAGGGGUAUGUCCAACGGCAAUGGCACGAAUCUUAUUUUUCAUGUACACCGGUCAUAUACGAGUGACGGAAGUGACGGUUUGUCAAUUGCUACCUGCCGCAACCAUGUUUCAAGUGCCGAACGUGGUGGAAGCAUGCUGUGCCUUCCUGGAGCGUCAGCUCGAUCCGACCAACGCGAUUGGGAUUGCCAACUUUGCUGAGCAGCACGGUUGCGAAAUACUUAAGCAGAAGGCCAAUCAGUUUAUCGAACGUAAUUUUACUAAAAUCUGCCAAGAAGAGGAAUUCCUGCAACUAUCUGUGAUGCAACUGAUUUGCCUAAUCAAAAAGGACGAACUGAAUGUGCAAGGAGAGCGAGACGUGUACGAUGCCGUGCUGAAGUGGGUCAAGUUUGACGAAGAUAACCGGUAUCCGCAGAUGCAACCUAUACUGUGCACGGUCCGCUGUCAGUUGCUUACGCCAAGCUUCCUCAAGGAACAGAUGAAAAACUGCGAUGUCCUUCGAAAGGCACCGGCCUGUCGCGAGUAUCUGGCGAAAAUUUUCGAAGAUCUAACUUUGCACAAGCGACCGGUGGUUAAGGAACGAAAACCGAAUACCACACGAAUGAUUUUUGUUGCCGGUGGCUAUUUCAAACAUUCCCUGGAUAUGCUCGAAAGCUACAAUGUCGAUGACAAGGUGUGGAUCACAUUACCGAAGCUGACGGUACCACGAUCUGGACUGGGAGCUGCAUUUCUGAAGGGCACAUUCUACGCUGUCGGGGGAAGAAACAAUUCCCCUGGCUCCUCGUACGAUUCUGAUUGGGUUGAUAGAUACAAUCCAAUAUCGGAAUCAUGGCGGCCAUGUUCACCGAUGUCGGUACCCCGCAAUCGUGUAGGCGUAUCGGUGAUGGAUGAACUGCUGUAUGCUGUUGGUGGUUCAGCGGGAACGGUGUACCACAACACCGUCGAAUACUACGAUCCGGAACUUGACCGUUGGACGUUGGUAAAAUCGAUGCACUCGAAACGGCUGGGUGUCGGAGUGGCUGUUGUUAACCGCAUGCUGUACGCAAUUGGAGGCUUUGAUGGACAAGAUCGUCUGUCAUCCGUUGAAUGUUACCAUCCUGAAAAUAAUGAAUGGUCCAUGGUACCACCUAUGCAAUACAGACGUUCCGGUGCCGGUGUAGCAGCCAUGCAGCAGUAUAUUUAUGUGGUCGGUGGAUAUGAUGGAAGAGGACAAUUAGAUUCCGUCGAAAGGUACGAUACCGAGUCGCAAACCUGGGAGCUAAUGGCGCCGAUCAAAAUUGCCCGAAGUGCCUUAUCGUUGACGGUGUUGGAUGGGAAGCUAUACGCUAUGGGUGGGUACGAUGGACUAAACUUUUUGGCUUACGUAGAGGUAUAUGAUCCGGUUAAAAAUGAGUGGGAAGACGGGACGCCGCUCACUUCUGGCAGAAGUGGACAUGCGUCGGCUGUCAUCUACACACCAUCGUGCAUUUCAAGUGCUUUGGAAAAUUUAAACAUUUCUGAAGAAGCAAGAGGAAGUGGAGGAGAAGGAGGAGGUAGUGGGGAUGACGGUUACAUUCAGUCCUAUAGUAGUCAGCGAAUGAAUUAUGAAGCAUCCACCUCCGGGAGUGGCAGUCACGGGAAUUCGGGAAGUGGUUACAGAAGUCAUUGCCCUACUGCGAGUAGUUCUAGAGAGCUUCCCCAGCUGGAGGGUGCGAAGUCAAACAAUAAUGCGCGCAAAGGUAGUGAGAAUGGUAUAAGUAGCGAGAAUGAAUACGAUAUGGAAACUGAUACUAGUCAAUGCGAGGAAAGUGGAGACGAAACCAAGUCUGGGAUACCCUCGCAAGAAGCUCAACCACCACCUCCUUCUGAGCCGAUACCCUGUCGCCUGACACUGAAACUGUUUUCACAUAAAAACAGUGUUCUUGACACGAGUUCGUCCUGCUCAAGUGAAAUCGAUAGAUCUAGCGGUUCCAAAUCUAGUUGUAAAAUCAAACGAAAAGCAUCCAAUGGUUGGACCGAAGAAAACUGCCCUCUCAUUCGACUGAAGAAGCAAAUCACCUGCUUCGUUUCGUCAAUUGUCUACCCAUCCACGUCGAGCCAGGCUCCAAUGAGUACUACCGAACCCGAAUCGCUUCCCAGCACUGCGAACUCUAGUAAUCCACAAGUGCCACAUGAAGCAGUUGGGCAUUUAAGCUUGGACGAACAACAAUCUACCAACGACGAUCAAGAGCAUGGGCCUGGAAAACCACCCUUUUUAUAGUCUACCUAGAUUAAUGAAAUCUGAAUGAGCUUCCGUUUGUAAUUUUGCGACGCAAACCCAUGACCGUUGAAGCCAUUCUGCAGCGGCAGAAACAAACACUGACGAAGGCCAUGGUAGGACACAAGAGAACACUACGAUAUCAUUUUUACUCACCCGACGUGCUGUUCAUACUGCCAUAUUGAUCGCUCUGGCCCAAAUACCACCAACAUCAUCAACUACUUCGUAAUCAGUUCAUUCUUCGUUAUAUAGUGCGCCAACGACAUUUUCUGUAACUGUUUCAACAGUUUUUUUGAUUGCAAGUCAGCCACACUCAGAUUGCGAAUUAAUACGUUUACUUACAACAAAUACUGCAGAUAGUGACAUACUGGCCGACGAUGUAGAGUUUAGCAGAAGAACAACUGGACGAGAAAUGAAAAUCUGAAGCAUAGUGAUGCGUUAAAUAAUCUUUUAAAAUUUUACGCCCAUCUCAGCUUUAGGAACCGGAUACCCUUAUCUCUAUAUUUCGGUAACUGUUUAGGUUCUCUUAGACUGAAAGUUUUUCGUAUGCCAUAUGUUUUCAUUUUGCGUAUGACUGUUUAUUAAUCGCAUUACAAACUCCUUGUUAAACUUUGUAACGUAUUUCUAAAUGAUGUUACGUACGUCUAUCACCUGAAAAUGUGGUAGGUAAUUGAACAGAAAAAAUGGUGAGAUUCAUGCUAACAAUUACUCAGAGUUAAGCUUGACUGCCAAAGCAAAACAAACUACCGUAACAUCAAUUGCAUUCCUACCAGAUUGAUCGAGUAAAUACAUAGAUAUACUAAAUUAUUUUGACGCUUCUGAAUUGCAAUGGAACCUAGAAGAAAAAAAGCGAAAAAAUGGAACAUUUUUUCAUUGUCGACCUAGUUGUUAGUACUUAGUAAAGUAAGCUUUUUAUACAAUGUUGCGCCGUAUUUAUACUAUGUAUAAAUAUAGCCAGUGCAGUAAAGAAUACACAGAGUAUACCAACCAUACCGAAGAAGGGCACUUGAGAGAAAAUCCUGAAUCCAGCUAGAUUUAUUGUAUUUAUGUAACCUGUGUUUUAAAAAGCAUGUAAAUAGUACUACGUUAUGUAUAUGUCCAGGAAACUGAUUGACUUUGUAAAUAAAAUUGU